AUGGUGGGAAAGGGCCUGAAAGGUCGAGCCGAAAAGUGGUGGGCGCAAUACAAAGGUUUAUCUCUGCCGUGGGAUCAAUUUAAAGAACGCCUAACAAAUAGAUUCGCCGGCAGAUUAGCAAAAAUGCAGUUGCAAUCGGCCCUAUUUUCUUUGAAGCAGGGCGAUAAAGAAGCUGUCGGCAGUUUUCUGCAGCGAAAGUAUCUUCUCGCUAAACGACUCCGUCCAGAGAUGGCUGAAGGGCAAUUGACAUCGCUUUUGCUAGAGUUAAUUAAACCCACAUUAAAAAUGUUGGUACGUGCCAGUCUACCAACUACUUUCGCAGAACUUUUUGAGCAUGCAGUACAAGCUGAGCAAGAUGAGGCUGACUGCGCACCCAAAAAGGAGGCACCGAAAUCAGAGGCAUCCAAACCCUCAGAUCUAGCUGGCAACGCCGAUAUUAAUGCCGAGCCUAAGCCCCCACGCUACCCUCGUCAUUACUGCCAAGGAUUUCACUUUCACCGUGACUGA